UUGUUGGGGGUCGGUUGUGACGAGUGUCGAGUUGGUCAACUGCUCGAUUUGUCAUUGCAGCGAAGUGUUCAUUUUCGGGUUUACACCCGAAUUCGUGGAAUUUGACGAAAAACUGAAUCAAAAUAGGGCGUAAAGUGAUUAGUUUUGGUUGAUAGUGACGCAGGGAUGAACGACUUGGACAAACAAUUGGCCGAACUGGCCCUACUCAACAAGAGUGAGCUGGGGUCUAAUGCAGGGACUGGGACUCUGGGGAAGAAAAUAGGGCCUGCGGUCCCUCCAAAACCCAAGAAACCGCAACCACAGAUACCUCAGUCGUACCCCCUGAAACAGACCGUCGAACCCUCCUACUCCUCCCGCCUCCAGACCACCCAAUUCUACUCCAACCUCCCGCCCCAAAGCACCUACUCCAACGCCCCCACCCUCCCACUAAACUCCUCCAACUACGCCAACUUGCCCCGCCCCCAGAACAUCAAAACCACCAAUCUAACGCCAAAGCCGUAUACGAAGCCCGACCACGUGACCUACAGCAACAUCCAGGUGGGCCAAUCGCGCAACCAGGACGGCCUAAUCUACAGCAAUCUGGUCCACCCGCCGCGGGAGGGGAACGUCUACAGCAACCUCCCGCCCUCCGGCAACGCCUACGCUAACGGAGAGGACUUGCCGCCGCCUCCCCCUCCGCUCGAUAUGGGCGGCAAUUUGGGUGACUACGCCCCGUGCACCAUCAACACCAAUCUGCCGCCGCCCCCGGAGGAUUUAUUGCCGCCGCCGAGCCCGGUCAGCUCGAGCUACAGCGAGUUGAGGAGGGCCACUCAGCCGGGCCCCCAGGACUUCAAUUACAGUCUAGGAUCGCAGUACGCUGAUUCUGAUUCUUUGUAUGGAUAUGGGGCUAUGUCUCAGUCAUCUUCAACGUACGAGUCGAUUUACGAGCCCAUCAACCCGCGCCCCCCGAGUCAGAUGUCCUCAAGGUCGAACUACUCUCUAUACGCCCCCUACGUGAGCGGUAACACUAGUACCAUGACGGGCCCCAGCCAGUCGGCCAGUCGGAUGGACGUGAAUGCCCCCGGUCAGUCACCGAGUCGGAUGGAGGUGAAUAAGCUCCAGGAGGUGGACAGUUUGACCGAUUUGCUGGUGCAGGGGAUGGAUAACGAGCAGGAUCAGGAUGUAUACGGGGUGUGCGUGAAAUGCGGGGAUAAGAUCAUCGGAGAGAAUAGCGGUUGUACCGCUAUGGAUCAGUUGUACCAUACUAAAUGCUUCACGUGUCACCACUGCGCUAUUAAUUUACAAGGGAAGCCGUUUUAUGCGCUCGAUGGGAAUCCUUACUGCGAGGAAGAUUAUUUGAACACCCUGGAGAAGUGCUGCGUUUGCCAGAAGCCCAUCCUAGACCGCAUCCUGCGGGCCACCGGCAAGCCCUACCACCCCAAGUGCUUCUGCUGCGUGGUCUGCGGCAAGAGCCUCGACGGGAUCCCCUUCACAGUCGACGCCACCAACCGCGUCCACUGCAUCGAAGACUUCCACAAGAUCUUCGCCCCCAGGUGCUGGGUGUGCAAACAGCCCAUCAUGCCGGAGCCCGGCGAGGAGGAAACCGUCCGCGUGGUGGCCCUCGACCACAGCUUCCACAUCCAGUGCUACAAGUGCGAAGACUGCGGCCUGGUGCUGUCUUCGGAGGCCGAGGGCAGGGGCUGCUACCCCCUCGACGGGCACGUCCUGUGCAAGAGCUGCAACGCGAAGCGGGUCCAAGCUUUGACCAAUCAUAUGACCACGGAGCUGUAAGCCGGUACGUAUGUAGUACGUAGGUAGAUUGCCAUAUUGAUGUGAUUAUCGAGUGAUAGAAAAGUAUUGGAGUUUUAUUUAUUCGGCUCAAUGAAUUCCUAAGAUAAGUUUUUAAGUACUGUUAAGCUUGAUGCUUGUAUUUUAUAAUGAACAAAUUUUAAGCACACUUAGGUUAAGUUUUUAUCUGCUUAUCAUUCCAGUUUUUAGAGGUUAGUUUUUUAUCUUUUAUAAAUUGUGAUUUUUUUUACGUGCCAAUGGGUUAAUAAAGUUGAAUUAGUGAUGUCA